AUGAAGAAGAAGAUCUCCAUGAUGCUGCUGUCGUCGAGGCGGCGGCCCGACUCGGAGCCGGGAGGGAGACGACGGUCGGGAACGCCAACAGACGUGCACCAGCUGCCGCCGAGACCAGCAACACGCGGCGGCAGCAUCGGCUCGGCGCCAAGGACGGCGACAGCAAGCCUGGAGAACGCGACGGCGGGCCGCAUCAUUGCCGAUGGGAGUCAGGAGGGAGAAAGCGACGACGAGGACGGCGGCGGCAGCGAUGACGAGGCCGAUGGCUUGAGCGCCGACGCUGUAAGCACCGACUCACCAGGCCCUCGUCCUCGGCGGCGGCAGCCGAGGCACAAGCCAUGCGCGAGAUGCACUGCCAUCGAAUUUCCCCGACUCCUGGACUGGAAACCUGGCCAACCGCGGCCGUGGAUCCCGUUGGCGCACGUUGUCCAUCCGCACCCGGCUCUCCCUCCUUCACCUCCGGCUUCGACGGACGGCACGUUUGCAUGGACGCCCACGCCGACGCCGAACUCGCCGCCGGCCUGUCCCUACUGCGCCUUCUUCCAGGCCAUGCUCGGCGCGGGCGCCAACGGACUGGCCAUCGGGGGCAAGUUCACGCCCUACCUACGCAUCCGGCAGGCCUUCGAGCGGCUCGACGGCGUGGGCGAGAGGCACGAGCUGGCGCGGUCGGUGCUGGGCGAGGUCAUGGCCAGGCACAGGGCGCUGCCAUGGGGGUUCAUCGUCAAGGCCACCGGCGACCCUGACGACGUCGAGACGUAUCGGGCAGGGGUGGGCGCGCCGGCGCGGAUCCGAGGCAGGGUGGUGACGCCGAUGCUCGACCCGGCGGUCCCUCGGUGCUGGAUCGACUACUGCAGGGACAUGCACGGCGCCACGUGCGGCAAGGUCGAGGCCCCCAUCUCGGGCCUGCGACUGGUCGACUGCCAGGAGAGGCGCGUCGUGUGCGCCGCUGGCCUCGUCGACUCAGACCCGUCCCUCGAAUACGUCACCCUCAGCUACGUCUGGGGCCAGGCCGACGACAAGGCCAGCGCCCCGUUCCGCGCGCCAGCCGGCGGACUGGACGGCAGCAACGACGCCGACCUGCUGCUGCCCGCCCGCCUGCCGGCCGUCUUCGCCGACGCCGUGACGCUGACGCUGUCGCUGGGGCUUCGCUACCUCUGGAUCGACCGGUACUGCUUCAUGCCGCUGGACGCGGGCGAGCGGUGGCGGCAGGUGGGCCUCCUGGGCGCCAUCUUCUCGCGGUCUGCGCUGACGCUCAUCGUGGCGGCGGGCGAGGGCGUGGGCGACGGGAUCCGCGGGGUGAGCGCGGCGCGGACGGCGCAGCUCUCGCUGCAGACGGAGACGGGCCUCUUCACCACGACGCUGGCGCGGGCCGACGUCGAGGUGGCGGCGUCGCGGUGGGCCACGCGCGCCUGGACUCUGCAAGAGGGCCUGCUUUCACGGCGGCGGCUGGUGCUGGGCGCCUCGCAGGCCUACUUCCAGUGCCGCGCGCUGCACUGCCACGAGAGCGUCGCGCUGCCGCUGCGCCUGGCCCCGGACGUCUGGCGCGCCGGCCGCGUCUUCCCCGCCGCCCAGGAGGUCGCGCGCCCGGGGCGCCUGCGCGAGCACAUCCAGGCCUUUAUGGCGCGCGAGCUGGCCAGGCCCGCGGACCGGCUCGACGCCUUCCGCGGCGUGCUGCGCGCCUACGCUCGCCUCGAGGGCUUGCCGGUCGGCGACUUGCUCGGCUUGCCCCUCUUCCACCCGGAUGCCUUUGUCAACGUGGCGUCGGUCGUGAGCCAGACGGAUCGCCUGGCCGUCGGCCUGGGCUGGAUUCCCGACGGUCGGUGGCGGCGGCCGGCGACGACGGCGGCCUCGGGGGAAGCGGGCGAGGAGGAUGGAGGGCCGUUUUGCCGCAUCAUGGACGGCGCCUCGUUUCCGUCCUGGACGUGGCUCGCGUGGAAGCUGCGUCCGGGCCCUGAUCACCACCACGGCGCCGGGGCCCGCGCCUUGUUCCACUUCAACCUCGUGGGCGAGGCGUCGCCCGUCAUCGACGGCGUGUGCGCGCCGCCGCACAUGGAAAUGUCGAUUGGCUUCGGCGACGGCUCGGUGCUGUCGUGGGAGAUUGACGGCGACGCCGUCGCCCACAAGGCCGAGCCCAUCGCCUUCAUCCGCCUCGAGACGUACUGCGCCGACUUUUGCCUCCGCCGCGGCGGUCCGGGACCCUGGCCCUCGUGGGUCCUCGACGGCGCCGUCCCGCUGAGCAAGGACAACAAGGACGCCAUCGAGGCCUGGAUCCAAGCCGCUCCCCCGCCUCCCCCUCCUCCGCCACCUCCACCCUCCUCCUCUCCCGCGUCCACGCCCCCAUCCCCCCCCGAGCACCGCCUCACCGUCGUCCUCGUCUCGGGCCGCGGAUGGCGCGCCGCAUCCGACAGCGCCGCCGCGACCGCCCUCAUCUGCCACCGCCGCGGCUGGGACCCGGCCGCGCCGCUCGUGCGUCUGGGCGCCGUCAGCAUCGGGCACGACGGCUUUGUUGCCGGCGACGACGACCGCCACGCCCUGCUCAGGGGCGCCGCCCAGGUCGCCGCGCACGCCGAGAGCGACCUUCGCCUCCGGUUGCGCGAGUUGGAUCUGUACUGA